AGUUGCGAAAGGACAAAUGGUGAGCCUUCAUGUAUUACCAAAGGAUCUGAAAAUCCGAGAUAAAUGGGUGCAGUUUAUUUGGAUAAAUCGUAAUGUCCCAGUAAAACUUCCAGAGAAAACUCGAGUUUGCAGUAGUCAUUUUCCAGAGAACUGUUUUGAAAAUUUUACCCAAAAACAGAUGGGUUUUGCCACUAAACUUAUAUUGAAGCUCAAUACGGUUCUGUCAAUUUAUCCUGGGGACAAAGCGAGUACGAGCCAACAUGUUGGUCAACCGUCCAGCAGGAGUCGGUAUGAAGCUCUUUAGUCCGCCGGUAAACUCACUAAACAAAGAAAGAAGAACUCACAGUUUGUUUAGAUGUUCAGCUGCUGCGUCUUUCAUACAUUUAUGUCACUUAUCUGUUUCUAUUCUUGAUGAUUUCCUCUCUUUCAUGACAGCAAACCAAACGUUUUCUCUUUGUUUUGACAAGAGCUUUAAAUAUCCUGUUUCAGGAGUCUUAUUGAGUUUUUGUGUUGAGAUGUUGAAGAUGAGUUUGCAGGUGGAUUUGAUGUGCUGUAAAUCAGUAGGAACUGAUCUGUCCAUGCUGGAUAUUGAUGAUUUGAUGACAGAAAUCUCUCAGCUGAAGAAAGAGGUGGCGUUACUGGAGGCAAAGCUGAGGGAAAGAGGAGAUCCACUGAACGGAGAGGAGCUGGAGAAGGUUUCCUGUCAAUCUUCAGUGUGUGUGACUGAUGGGACCUCCACAGAAUGUCAGGAUUCAGUGUGGAGCGUCAGAGAUCAGAGAUCUGAACAGAGAUCCAGAGACACACAGGACUCAGAGCUCAGCCUCACUUUACUCUGUUAUACUGACACUCAGGAGAGUGUGUGUGACAGUAAUCAGGGUGAUCAAACCUCCACAGAGUCUCUGGCUUCUGUCUGUAACGCUGGAGAACAGCAGAUGCUGCAGAUACCAUUGAAGAUGUGUUCAGUGAAGCUGCUGGACUGCAGGAACCUGAUGGAGAUGAGAGGAGAAACCACAGCAGAGGAGCAACAUGAUGAUCACGAUGAAGAUGAUGAUCACGAUGAAGAUGAUGAGGAUGUUAUUCAACAUGACGAUGAUGAUGAUGAUUUUCUUCCUUCAGGUGCAAACAGUGGUUCAUGUUCAGAUGGAGAAACGACUUCUACAUCAAAAGAGUGUCUGUCAGCACAGAGUCUUUCCUGCAUCACCUGUGAGAAGACAUUUAGCUCAAAGGGACAUUUAGCGAGACAUGAGAGAAAACACACAGAACAGAAAUUCUUCAAAUGCAGGACGUGUGGGUGCAGUUUUUCUACCAUACAAGAGAGAAACUUUCAUGCAAAAGUGCACAGAGUAAAGAAGCAGUUCCACUGUGAGCAGUGCGGGAAGUUUUCUUCUACCACUCCUUAUAAUCUAAAAGCUCACAUGAGGAUACACGGUGACGAAAAGCCUUUUCAAUGCAGUGAGUGUGAGAAGUGUUUCAGCUUUAAAGGAGUUCUUGUUGCUCAUGAGAGGACACACACAGGGGAGAAACCGUACAAGUGUCCUCACUGUGAGAAGAGAUUCAACCACAAGCCCCAUCUGACGAAACAUGUUCGUGUGCACACUAAUGAGAGACCGUAUCAGUGCAGUGAAUGUGGUAAAACAUUUACACGACUAGAUUAUCUAAAGUCACAUCAGAAAAUACACUCUGAUCAGAAACACUAUCAAUGUUCACUGUGUGAUAAACGUUUCCGUCAGAAAGCUAAUCUGAUAGUCCAUGAGAGAAUGCACUCUGGAGAGAAACCUUACCUCUGCUCUCACUGUGGAAAGAGCUUUUAUGCUCAGGGUCAGUUGAGCAUUCAUCAGAGAGUGCACACGGGAGAAAAGCCUUAUAACUGUGAUUGUGGGAAGAGUUUCAGUCGACACGAUACCUUUGCAAAUCACCUGAGGACACAUACUGGAGAAAGACCUUACAGAUGCACUCAGUGUGACAAAACGUUUGCUCGACAAGGUACCUUGAAAACCCAUGAGAGAGUGCAUACAGGAGAGAAACCUUACAGCUGCUCCAUCUGUGGGGAGAGAUUUGCUUAUUUAGGAAGUUUUAAUACUCAUCAGAACAAACAUGCUAAAGAUCAAGAAUCAUUAUAGUGUUUGUCUUUUUCAUGGCUCAGUGGAAGGAGACUCUUUCAGCUCGUCCAGAAUCAGUAAAUCAAGCUCUCAGCCAGUAGGGGGCUGAGAGCUUAUUAUAAGCGCACGGAGCACGGACCAACGGGUGUGGACAAGCAUGACUUAGUAACAGAACCAAUCAAAACCUCUGUUUCAGUUGGGGGCGAGCAGUGGUGGGCAGUAGCUUUGCUACGAAUAGCAAAGCUGUUAGCUUAACUACAUUUCCCAGUAGCGAGGUGAUAUUUUCGCUAGUUUUUAAAUCAAUUAGCUUUUCAGUAGCAAAUCUAUAUUUUUAUUAGGUAGCGGCUUAGCGUUAACAAAAGCUACACCGCUACAUUAUUCCAUAUACCUUGUAUUUACUGUCGCCAGUUUUGAAUCAGAAUUAAAAAUGUCUGAUUUACAAAUUAAUCACUCUUUUGAGUCAUUCCUUUACAAUGAAUUGGCCACUCAUGAUUGCAAAGCGGUCUUGAGUCAGCUAACGAUUCAAUCUGAAUGACUCAGAAAGCUCACGCGCAUGCUGCUGAGUCAUUUGGAGCAGUUUCUCACUGACCAACAUGCUAACAGAAUGCUUUAAAACACGGAAAUUAAAGAUAACGCUGGUGCAGUGCAUAUACAGUAUAUCUACAAUAAAUGGAAACCAAACCUGCAAUUGCAUCCUAUAGUUUGCCUGUGACAAAGAAGGUCUUUAAAUUCAACACGUGUGCAGAUUGUGAACGACUACUGCGGGUAAAGACAUUUUACCUCCAAAAGAGUAUCAAAACACUUAGUAGCCUACAUGAAAACACACAAAAAUGAACCAUGGCAUUACCAUAUUUUUUGGACAUGUACCAUUACCUGGUAGCACUAUGUAAAUAAAAUGGUAUAUAAAUAUGGAAACCAUAUAUCAAAGUACCAUGGUAUUGUUUGAAGUACUUUGAUCUACAACAAUUAUAUUUACACUGGCGGACAAAAGUUUGGAAUAAUAUACAGAUUUUGCUGUUUUGGAAGGAAAUUUUUACUUUAAUUCACCAAAGUGGCAUUCAACUGAUCACAAAGUAUAGUCAGGACAUUACUGAUGUAAAAAACAGCACCAUCACUAUGUGAAAAAAGUCAUUUUUGAUCAAAUCUAGACAGCAGCCAUCACUCCAACACCUUAUCCUUGAGUAAUCAUGCUAAAUUGAUCAUUUGGUACUAGAAAAUCACUUGCCAUUAUAUCAAACACUACUGAAAGAUAUUUGGUUCAUUAAAUGAAGCUUAACAUUGUCUUUGUGUUUGUUUUUGAGUUGCCACAGUAUGCAAUAGACUGGCAUGUCUUAAGGUCAAUAUUAGGUCAAAAAUGGCCAAAAAGAAACAGCUUUCUUUGGAAACUCGUCAGUCAAUCAUUGUUUUGAGGAAUGAAGGCUAUACAAUGCUUGAAAUUGCCAAAAAACUGAAGAUUUUAUACAAAGGUGUACACUACAGUCUUCAAAGACAAAGGACAACUGACUCUAACAAGGACAGAAAGAGAUGUGGAAGACCAGAUGUACAACUAAACAAGAGGAUAAGUACAUCAGAGUCUCUAGUUUGAGAAAUAGACGCCUCACAUGUCCUCAGCUGACAGCUUCAUUGAAUUCUACCCGCUCAACACCAGUUUCAUGUACAACAGUAAAGAGAAGACUCAGGGGUGCAGGCCUCAUGGGAAGAAUUGCAAAGAAAAAGACACUUUUGAAACAGAAGAACAAAAAGAAAAGGUUCGAGUGGGCAAAGAAACACAGACAUUGGACAACAGAUAAUUGGAAAAGAGUGUUCUGGAUCUUAACCCCAUUGAGCUUUUGUGGGAUCAGCUAGACUGUAAGGUGCGUGAGAAGUGCCCGACAAGACAGACACAUCUAUGGCAAGUGCUACAGGAAGUGUGGGGUGAAAUGUCACCUGAGUAUCUGGACAAACUGACAGCUGGAAUGCCAAAGAUCUGCAAAGCUGUCAUUGCUGCAUGUGGAGGAUUUUUUUGAUGAGAAAUCUUGGAAGAAUAAGAAAUAAUGAAAAUUGUUUUCAAAUAGUAAUUUUUCAUGUUAUUAAUAUCCUGACUAUACAUUGUGAUCAGUUGAAUGCAAGAUACUUUUGGCGUGUAGCUUAACUUGCUACUUUCUCUGAAGUGUAGCUUUUAGCUUAGCUUAACAAAUUUUUUCUGUUGAGUAGCUGGUAGCUUAGAUAGCCAAUGUUUUUUAAGUAACUUUCCCAAAACUGGGGCACGAUAUUUCUAAAUCAAUCACAUUUCCGAAUUUUAGCUGGGCUCGAGACAGACCUCAAAAUGAAAUCUGCUCAACUUUGCUACGAUAGUGCUGCUACUAGACUUCCCUAUGUAAUGAGAGAGAGCUGGUACAUGAUAGCUGUGCAGUAUGUAAUCCUCACUCCCCUGGCCUCAAGAGGCGCACUAGCGGCUGAUGCUAGAGGCUGUAGCUUUUAGCCUCCUCGUUUGCGCGCCCACCUCCCAUGCUGGAGACAGCAGUUCGAGUCCCGUUCGGAGUGGAUCAAGCAGGACUGGUUACACCUAUGAAACAUGAAAAUGCCCUAUAUUUGUGCAUUUAUACAUAACUUUUGCUGUCAAACUUUGUAGUUACCAAUUUUGUAAACUUUGCUACCAUAAUUGUGCAACACUUAAAUUAAUUCUACAUUAGGGCUGGGUGAUGAUGCCGACUGCGAACAGACAAUGAUCGUCAAUAUUGGGAAAUGGCAAAACCAUGGAUCUGGGAAGUCGGCAAAUAUAUUAAACAGUGGCUAGGGUGUGAAACUAGCACCCGCCACCCGCAAAAUACGACAAGGCUGAAUCCAGUCCGCAAGCUCCUCGUCCAAAUGUAUUCCACGCGCGGGUAAUUAUGCUCAUCUACCUGCAAAAGGCGGGUGACCUGUAAGAUCUGGGAGUGACACAUGACAAGAAAUGCUAUCAGUCACAAAGACACACGCUUGAAGAAACACACUUUAUUAUAUUUUUAAGAACAGACAAAAGAAAAGCUGUCAAUGCUUGUGUCUGAUUCGCUGUUUGUUCAGAGGCGUGCAACAGGACCCUGUCUCAUGGAACAAGCGUAUGUAAAGAGUUCUCACUCUUUUUUUUCUCUGUUUCAUUCGUCUAUUUGCAAGAAUAAUGUCGUCUAUGAGAAUGCUGCAAAUGAUCUCAGAUCAUCUCGGGAGGUGCUGUGAGUUUAGGUCACUUUAUUUCCACAUGGGUAACAUGCAUUGUGAACGCAACUCUGCAGGUUCAGUAAUAUAUACAGGUGUCUUUGUAUUAAAAAAACAAAGAUGAAAGUGAUUAAAUCAUAAAGUAACGCAAGACACGUUCACCUUGAACCUAAAAUUGAGUUUUAUUUUUUAUAGGCAGCAUUAACUGUUAUUAAUAUUUUUUAAGGCAGUUAUCGCUAAAAUAUUGUUUACAUAUCACCCAGCCCUAUUCUACAUUAAGCUUUUCUUUAAAUACCUUGAAAAUGAAAUGCUUCAAUAAAUCAGUAGUCUAAUACUGAAAUACUGAGUAGUAAUUGUUUAAUGUCUCUAUACAUUUAAUGAUCUCUUCGAAAUGUAUGUAAGUGAUAAUGUACAGUCGGCCUGGAGUUAUCGCAGAAUAAACCCUGAAUGUGU